AUGUCGAGGCCGGUGGUGCUCGUCUUUCUCCUGUUGACUUUCAUAGUCACAUCGCAGUUCGAGUGGAGGCGCCAGCUCAUGGAGGAGCUGGACCCAGGCCUCGGUGCUGCAGAGAAGCAGCAGCACCCCGUGAAGGACGAGGAGGCUGCCAGAGAAAAAGUAAGUCCUCUCGAGAAUCCCCACCCACCCUCUUCUAUUACAGAAUCCUUUCUGCCGUUCUGAAUGAUGCUACCCAUCUCCUGGUUUCUAUUGCGGAAGGCUUUUCAUCAAUCCUAGUUUCAAAGUUCAGAAGUGCCGGGUGUUGAUGUCGGCCUUAGGCAGGGAUGAUCAUAACUUCACCUACCCGUUUGACCCCGCUGCCGUUGACUUCCAAAAAACAUGGGCGUUGAACUUGUCUGAUAGGUCUCAUCCACUGGGCAGAUCUUAGAAGUAGCCCAAGGUCUUCCAGUGAUGCAUGCUGCCCUUGGCGGAGAGAGGAGGGGGGGAUGGGAUUUCACUAAGGUUAUAGUCAGCCCACUCUUGUUCUUCAUCUGGGCUCUCCAUCUCCCAAUCUGGAUCGUUCGGUGCAGUCUGGCAGUUGCUGUUUUCUGCCGAACAGAGGUCACAUAUGUAGGCAACCCGAUCCACUGUAGAUUUGUCCCGGGAGGUGGGAGUCCCUCGUAUUACUCUGGUCGACGGCCACUCCCAGCACAAUAUGGAUGGGUUCUUCUUCUUCUUCUUCUUCUAAAUUAGAGAUCGAGGCUGACAUCUGAGUCAGAAGUCAUCUCCAUGCAGUGAUUCAGAACAUGAGUGCCUUCCUCUGCUUCUUUCAGAUAAUCUUGCUGCAGGAGAAGAGCAUCCAACGCCUCACACUGCUCGCUCAGAGCCUUCGACAGCAGCUUCUGCAAUGCCGAGCCGCCAACGGAAGCGGCCCCGACGCUGCCGCCGGUGAUCCGCUGGCGAAAAGGCCUUCCCAGAUCGAAGAAGAUGGCGUUCCUCAAGAGAUCCUCUAG